GUGUUUUCUCGCAACUCUUCUUGUUUAGAUGUGUGAGUUUAAUUCACUCUCUGUUUACUGUUUUAAUUCGCGUAGAAUUAGGUAUUAUUUUAAAAGAGAUGAUAGAGGAAAUGAGAAGUAUGGAAGAGAAUUCGUUUCAUGACCAGUCAUAGGCAGUAUUCCACAAAUAAUCGUUGUUCAGUUUAGUUCACAAUGUCUUCCGAUAAAUUAGUCGAAAUCUCGCCUUUUGAUUGGCACGAGUUACGUGAUUUAUAUACAGCAAAUUGGCCAAAAAAUCUUGUCGCAUGGCACACCAUCAACAAUUACGUGUGUUGGUUUCGAAAGGAGGCGAUCAUUCCUAAUCUCAAGAUUUACAGUCUCAAUGACAGCUGGCGUAGUGACGGAACAUAUGUCGUAAUCGAUCGUUAUCAGUUGUUCAUUUACACACUGGAAUUGUCAAAUGACAAACUUAAAAGAGCGUUGAGUUUAAUUGAUUGGAGUAAAGGCUUCAAAGUCAGCUCGUUUCUCAUGCGUCAUCGCUCAGCUGUUCUCGAUGUUGUACACAAAAAGAAGCUUAAAAUUGAAUAUGAUUCUCUGACACCUUUAUAUUAUCUCCGAAAAGAAGAAGCAAAAAAGAAAACAUUUCAUACGACAAGUGGAAUUAUUCUGAAAUCACUGUCUACAGAUGAUGCGGAAGCUAUCGAUAAUGAAUGGCCAAAUAAACACGUGGGGUCACUUUUCCUUGUAGAAAGAUUAAUUAAAUGGAAUGAGAAUAUUGGGGUGUUUAAUGAAGAAAAUAAAUUGAUGGGUUGGUGUUUGAGAUUACAGUCAGGGGCACUGGGAGCCCUUCAAGUUCGGAAAGAAUACAUGAAAAAAGGCAUUGGAAGUCUUCUUGUUAUUCUCAUGUCAAAAAUUUUAGAGCAUAAUAAUAUGGAUACAUUUGCCUUCACCACUGACAGAAAUUUUACUUCACAACAUAUGUUCCGUAAACUCGGUUUUGAACAUAUUGAUGACGUCUUUUGGCUGCGAACCUUCCCAACUGAUGCAGAGUUUGAGUGCAAACAUCGUGAAAUUUCGAUUGCAUCACUAGGAAAGUUGUCAGAAAUUUUCAGUGCGGAUUGGCCAAAGCAUGUCGUAACUUUGUCAACUUUACAAACAUUUAUGAAACGAUUUGAAAGAAUUCCCGAGCUAAAAAAGCGAUUUAAAAUUUAUGUUUUAUCGGAGAGUUGGGAGAUUGAUGGAUCAUUUGUAGCUAUCUUUAAAUGUAACGAUAUUGAAACUUUUGUGUUCUUUGAUACUUUGGGCGACAACAUUCCAAACAGUUUAGAACAUUUCUUGAAAUCUUUUGAUUAUUCGUCUAUCGUAGAUUUCUUUUCGAUCCGCAAUAUCUUUCGCGCCAUGGCGUUAAAUAUUAUUAAUGAGAUGAAUUUAAAUACUAUCGAAGACACCAACACCAUUUGUUAUGUUCUAUCAAAACAUAUUGCGAAUAAUUUAGAAGUUUCACUUCCAAGAAAUUUACGACUUGCAAUAUUAAACGAGAACAAUAUUGAUGAGAUAAAUUCUUCAUGGCCACAUCGUUACGAUGGAUCUGAAAAGUUCAUUGAAUAUUCUAUUAAAUAUCACAUCAACAUUGGGUUGUUUGAUGAAAAUGAUGAACUACUUGCUUGGUGUUUGAGAUAUGAUAAUGGCGCUUUAGCAGUUCUUCAAGUUGCUGAAAAACAUUUAAGAAAAGGAUAUGGCAGCUUAGUAACCAAAGCGAUUUCUAAACGAAUCGCUGAUGAAGAUGAUUGUGAUAUAACAGCACUGGUUGUUCAUGAAAAUAUCAAAUCUUCAGAAAUGUUCAAGAAGAUUGGAUUUAAACCAACUGAUUCAGUUUCAUGAUUUAAAAAAUAUCCCGAACUUGAACAUUUUCUGGAACUUUAUAGUUUGUCAAAUGAUUGGAAAUCUGAUGGUGCUUUUGUUGGUGUUUUUUCAUAUCUUCAAGAAUCGAAACUAAAAAUUGUGUUCUUUGACACUCUAAAGGAACCUUCAAAUGACAUUUUAAAAUCCUUCUUGAGAUCUCUUGACUACACAAAUAAAAUCAGAAUUUUAGCUAUCAGAAAUAUUUUUCGUCCAAUUAUUUUUGAAAUUAUUGAAACAUUAAAUUUAAAGUUGAUUGACGAUGCUAACUUGAUAUGUCAUUCAGUUAGUAAAGUGGUUGCUAAAAACUGGGAAAUUACUCUUCCACCAAACUUGAAUUUAAAAUCAUUAACGAUUGAUAAUGUCGAUCAGAUCAAUUCUUCGUGGCCUCACAGUUUCGAGGGAUCUGAAGAAUAUUUUUUGUAUUCAAUCAAAUAUCAUUUAUCUAUUGGAUUAUUCAACGAAGAUGGCAAGUUAUUAGGAUGGUGUUUGAGAUACGAUAAUGGAUCUCUUGGUGCUCUGCAAGUCGAAAAUGAUCAGCAAGGAAAAGGAUAUGGAAAGAUUCUCGCAAAAGCCAUGUCAAAAAAGAUCGCCAUUGAAGAAGAUUCUGAUGGCUUUGGGAAUAUUAUGCACACAAAUAUGCCUGAACUUGUUGAAAUUUGUGGUGAUGAUUAUCAACGUUUGAGAAAUAAAUUCACUGUUCAUUGGCCGAAACAUGUCGCUGCAUAUUCGCUUUUAAACACGAUUUCACAACGUUAUGAAAAAGUUCCUGAAGCAGAACAAGAAUUGAAGCUUUACAGCUUAGAUGGCGAUUGGGAACGUGAUGGAACGUUCGUCUCUAAGUUCAAAUCUAAUGUUUUCUUUGGAAGUUUGGAUUCAAGCUAUCGAAGAUUGAAAAAAGCUUUGAAACUUUUGGAUUACAGCAAAUACACAAUUUUCAUGUGCGUUCCAAAAUUUUAUUACAAAAUGUUGGAUGAAUUGAUUGCAGAGUUGAAUUUGGAAACAAGAUUUGAUAUUCCUGGUAAAAUGGUGCACAUGUGUAAGAACGAAGCGAAAAAAAUGGAAAUUGACAUUCCACCAAAUUUCCGCAUUUCAUCGCUUACAAUGGAAAAUGUUGAAUUUAUAAAAGAUGUUUGGGAGAAGGGAAAUGUUUUAGAUCCAGACACUGCACCAUAUUUUAUAAAACAUAACAUUAGUGUUGGAUUAUUUGAUGAAACAGGAGAACUUCUUGCAUGGUGUCUGACAUUUGAUUUCGGAAGUUUGGCAGCUCUUCAAGUAGCUGAAAAUCAAACAAGAAAAGGAUAUGGAGAAAUUGUUACAAGAGCUAUAGCAAAGAAGAUUGCUAUUGAAAACAAUGUUGAUGUGACUUCAAAUUAUAUUGAUGGGAACAUUCCAUCAAAGAAUUUGGUUGAAAAAGUUGGAUUUGAGGAAAUUGAAGCAAAUCGUUGGUAUCGUUUGAUUGCUAUUCGGAUCAUAAUGGAGACUAAAGAAAAUUCUCUUGUUGAAAUUCCUUUUGAAAAACUUCCCGAUUUACGUGACAAGUUUAAAGUUGAAUGGCCAAAGCAUGUCCUUGCAUUCAGCGUAAUUCAUAAUUUUAUUUGUCGAUAUUUGAACACUUCAAAAGAUAAAUUCAGUGAGAAAAUUCUUUGCUUAAAUGGAGAUUGGGAGAGUGAUGGAACUUUCAUUUAUUUGACGAGUAAAAAUCAUGUUUUGUUUGGCACAUUGGAACCAUCGCAAGAUAAAAUCAAGACUGCUUUAAGACAACUUGACUACAGUAAAGAAGUGUUUUUUAUGUGCUUGCGAAAAGCUUAUCGAUCAACGAUUGAUACUUUGAUCAGAGAUCUCAGCUUGAAUGUCAUAUUCGACGAUGGAACUUUUAUGAAAUUUAUGCGAAAAGAAGAUGCGAAACAAUUUAAUAUUGAAAUCCCAGAAAAAUUUGUUCUUCGAACGUUAUCCAAGGAGAAUGCACAACAAAUUAAUGCAAUAUGGCCACAUCGUGCUGAAGGCUCUGUAAAGUUUAUUGAAUAUAUGAUAGAAUUUAAUGCAAACGUUGGACUUUUUCACACUGAUUCAAAUGAACUCGUUGCCUGGUGUUUGAGAUUAGAUUUUGGAUCACUUGCAGUUUUACAAGUGGAAGAAAAAUAUCAAAGAAAAGGUUUUGCUGCCUUGGUGACAAAAGCAAUAUGUAAGAAGAUCGCUGAUGGGGAUGAAGAUAUCUCAUCUAAUAUAGUUCUAGAUAAUGUUAAAUCUCUCAGUUUAUUCAAAAAGUUAGGAUUUAUUGAUAUUGAUAAAAAUGAUUGGAUAAUGGUUAAGCAACAACAAAAGUCAAGAAAGGAGAAGAUUUUUAACGUUUUAAAGGAGAAAAAGAGAAUAAUUAGAAUGUCGAAAACGAACGGACAUGCUGAUGACACCCAUGGUGAAGACAAGCUGAUUGAAGUUCCACAAUACAGCUUAAUCAAGUUCAGGAAUAUGUUUAAGGCCAACUGGCCGAAGCAUAUCACUGCUUACUAUCUGAUUGAAAACUACAUGGAAUGGUUGGAGAAAGUCAACAACAUCAAGAAUUUAAAAAUUUACAGCUUGAAUGGUGAAUGGAGAAAAGAUGGAACUUUUGUUAUUAUCGAUCGCUAUCGCUUAUUCAUGUAUACCCUGGACGAAAGCAACAAGAAACUAAAACGCAUCUUAAAUCUUUUGGAUUGGAGUAAAGGUUUUGAUGUUUCGUCUGUUUGUCAACGUCAUUUGCCAGCUGUCUUGCAGAUCAUCGAGAAGAAACGUUUGCCUGUUGUGCAUUCGUUUAUGUUGAAUUUCCAUUACUUACCUAAGGAGGAAGCCCUUCAGUUUGACACGACUUCACCUGAUGGAAUUUAUUUGAAACAAUUGAUUCCAGAACAAGGAGAGAAAAUCAAUGAUUUGUGGCCACAUAAGCAUAAUGGAUCAUUGUAUUUCAUACAAAGAUUGAUCGAAAUGAAUAUGAACAUUGGCGCUUUCACGAAAGAAGAUGACGAACUCAUUGCAUGGUGCUUGAGAAUUGAGAUGGGUUCAUUUGGAUCAUUGCAAGUUGAUGAACGUUUUCAACGACGGGGUCUCGGAUCUUUGAUUGUCAAAGUUAUGUCAAAGAAAUUAGCUGAGCAAAACCGGGAUAUCACAGCCGGAAUUGUUGAUGAUAACUUCAAGUCACGCAACAUGUUCCAAAAGCUCGGCUUUAAGCAUAUUGACGACACCCACUGGUUCACCAUUUCACCAUCGAUUCCGCACUUUCGUUGGGUUGAUUAAAGUGGAUGAUAGUCUGUAAUUUCUUUAGUUUUAUUUUUCUAAUUACUUUAUCAGUAUACUCUGAUUAUUUCUUUAUUUGUGUUGAAUACUUUUAUACUUGACAAAGAUUACCUAAUUUGCUUUAUUUUACGUAUUUACUUUAGCGAGUAGAAAUCUUUAAAUCAAAUCUUGAAUACCUUUUUAGUACAUUAAGAGUUUUAAAACUUUUGUUGUCAAUUUAUGAUGGUGGAAGGAAAAUUAUCUAAAGUUCAAUUUCAAAUGAUAAGUAAGUAAAAAAGAAAAUAAUAAGGUGUGGGUGACUUUAUAAGGAAGAAUAAUAGGACAUUUGAAUAAUAUUAUUGAUGCACAGAUUGAUGACGAUUGCUUAGGAUCGUCAAGAGUUACGCUAAAGCUUAGAACCUUUUAAUGUUUACUUACAUUCGUUAAUUAGCUGCACGAUAAGUGAAUUCAUUUAUCAUGAAAUUGAUUAUCUAAUCAUAGAGGAUUUACUCUCAAAAGAAAUCGAUUAGCUAUUAUUAUUCUUUUCAUUAUUGUUUGAGGAAUUUUUGAAAUGAAAUUUCCAAAAUCAACUUUUUAAAGUUGCUCAAAAAUAAAAGAAUCAAAAUAUUUUAUGCUGUUCAUCCUCGACAGCUUUAUUAGCUUUCGCGUUGCGAAGGUAAAAGAUGUUCAAAAGAAGAAGAAAAUUACUCACAGUAUAUUAUAAGAAAAAGAGAGAAAGAAAAUUCUUAAACUUAUACUUAGGCACAUUUUAGUACUCUUCGAUGUUUCCUAUAACGACUUCUUUUAAGUAUUCCUUCAAGAUUUCUUGAUAUCUACAUAGAUACAUAAAUAUCAAAUCGCAAAAAAAUAAACUUUUACGAUGCGCAAAUUAAUUUUGAAAGCAGUUGAAUGACAGCAAAAUUAUUGUUUUCACUUAAUUGCUGCUUUAAUUUUUUAGAUCAUUUUGCCAACUACCUCUGAUGGUCAUUUUUUUCGAAUAAGUAUGAGUGGCAAAACUACAAAAUAAUAAAAAACUGAAAACAUUUUUUCCUUUUUUCUGUCUAAACAGUAGAACAUUAUUUAAUUAAGCACUUUGUAUUAUGAAGAUGAUAUCUAGUUUAAUAUUGAAAAUUAUCAUUUAAAAUAAAUGGAAAAGAUUUUCGCAGAAUAAUUUGUUUUUUCGUAGAACAUUCAAAUCCAUUCAAUUAUUUUUUUCUUUUUGUUAAUGAUUACGAAAAUAAAACUGAGAGAAUUUAAAUGAAAUUCUGGGAUCUACUUAAACAAUGGAAAAUUUUUAGAAAAUUAAUAGAAUUCGAGAGAAAAACUUUGUUAAUUUCACAACAACUAAGUGUUUACCUUAUUAUUCAUUAAUGGAUUCAAUGUGAGGUCCUUUGAUGUUAAACAGAGUGAAUAAGUAUGAUAAAAACACAUAUUUUUGCAUUUAUUGGAAAAUAAUGGUUUUGAAAUAGCUGAGAGGAAAAUUCACUGUAGUUGACUUUAAAGUGCAAGUUACGUAGUUUGAUGAAAUGAAAAUGAAUAAAAAAAUCUUUAAUCGGAUGGUUGCUGAUUCGUGAAAUUGAUCAAUCGUUUCACGAUAAUCUUAUCGUUAAGAAAAAAAAUUAUAUUUAAUCUUUUCUCUGAAACAAAAACUUACUUUAUUCAAUUCAAACUCAAGAAAUUUGUAGCAAGAAUUUGAAGAAAAAAACUAAUCAAAGAAAAAAAACUUAAAAUAAAAAAUCUGUUGAUAAGAGCGAAAAAUAAUCCGUCAACAGCAUAAAAAAA